AUCUUACGACAGUAAAUUAGAAUUGUUUCAGCAAUCUUCUCUAUUACGAAGUUUCAUCGUUGUGAAAUAAAUCUUAGAAUGAUCUUUUUAUUAACGAAAUUGUAACGACAUAUUACCUAACAGUCGUGGCAAACAUCAAUUGCGAACACGUUAUUAAUUGUUCGCUCGUACGAUACGUUAUCAGCAUUCGUAGAUAGCGAAAUACGAAUGUGUAUUAACGAUGGACAGCUUAGACGCGAAUAGACGUGCAAUUACAUUGACGGUAAUACUUUUUCAAGUCGCACGAUUUCGGGGGAUCGGAUGAGUUCCUUAUCAUUUUGGUGUCACAUGCGACGUUAUCGAUUCAGUAUAAAAUAAGAACGCGACAUUAGUAGCGGUUGGAAUUACAGUGGAAUGUAAUUAUGAAACGACUACUACUAAUUAUAUAAAUUUCCUAACUAUAGAAAAACUUAAUCGCGAUCGCAGCCAACCAACUCGAAUUAUUUCCAAUAUAAUUCGUAAUUUUAUUGUAUACUUAAAAACUUAUAGCUGGCGAUAUAAAGUAAUGUAUACAUACUUCCUAUAUUGUAUAUAGUUCGAUAAAAAAGAAAAGAAAAAUGAAAUCGCAUCUCUAUAGACAGUAAAAGUUAACUGUAUACUUAACCAUUAAUUACAUAAGGAACUAUCGUACAAAGAAUAAUUUCAGUUAUCAGCGUGAUUUAUUAACGCCAAACGGAUAAAGUUCUAUCAUGGCAUUUUUCCAAUUGGUUCUGAAAGCCAACAAAUUGGAAAAACUGAGGCAAAGUUACGAGGAUGAAAAACUGGCAUCGAUUGAGAUUUCCAAGGGUAUCGUCAAACCUGUGUAUACUUUGAAGCAGCAAAUUCGUCGAAGAAAAAUAUGGUUUAAGAAGAAGGUUACACACCUCUUAGACAAAAUCUUUGCUAUUUUAAGAGAUUCUUGGAUACAUAAAAAGAUUGUUGUAAUUCGUACCGAUGGAACAUUGGAAAAUUACAUAGCAAAAAGCUUUGCAGGAUUCGUUGGUGGAAUAUUCUUGACGUACAUAUUUUUCAUAUUUUUCGUUUUUCAAUUGCAUUUUAAGCUGUCGUCUGCGACGUUCCUCUGUACAAUAAUAGGAAUAAUUCUCACUCUUGGUCUUGCAUUUUCUUUCCAAGUCCGAUGCGUUGUGUUUCUUCUCUUGCCGCAAUUUUUCUCGAAACGCGGAAGGCAAGCUUUAAUGGCGUACGCGUUUAUUUUAGCUUUAACAGGACCAGUGAAGAAUACUAUGCACAACACCGGUGUACUUUCAGAGUCACUAGCCUGUGCGCAAGAACAGUUAAAGGAAGCGGUAAAGACCGUCAUAGAUUUAGCAAAACAACCGUUUUACGCUUUGCGAGAAGCAAUAUCGAAAGUCAUAAAGACGAUCAAGGUGGUCGUAAAGAAGAUUAAACAGACUCUAAUUGCGAUUAAAAGAGUCGUUCUUAGCAUACUUAGAGUUAUCACUGCGGUAUUCGAAUGGCUGGGAAGUAUCAUAAGUAUAUGUAACAAAAAGUUGGGCACACCUUUCGACAGGUGCCAAAGCGUUUUUGAAGGAGCAGUGGCGGAUUGCAAAGCAAAAUUGGGUCCAAUUUUUGGAUUGGUUUGCAACGUAACUUACGUAGUCAGUAGUCUGUGUUACAUAGUGAAGCCACUGGACUUCAUUUGCAUGCUUGUUUCUUAUAUCGCUGACAGCGUAGUUGGUGUCGUAAGGAGCAAAAUUAAGAAGUUCACGAUGCACAUGAAAGCGAUGUUCUACGUUAAAGUUAAGUUCUCCCAUUCGUUUCAUUUCGAAACGAACCAAAGCAGGACGAUACAAGACGUGUCCACGAGUAUUACUACAGAAAUACGCUCCAGAACAGACAAACUCUUUGGUUUCUUCGAUUUCAUGAAUUUCAUCACGUCCUUUUUCAUGUUCUUUAUCAUACUCAGAGUGUUACGCUAUCGUUACAAAUGGUUAACCAGCGAGCGUUUCGACAAUCGAUACAUAACCGACGAUCUACGUACCAUCGAUUUGAUAAGAACACGUCAAGACAAGGAGACAGUUUUGCCACUGAAUCGACGCGAACGAAACAAAUACGUACCACUAUCUUCCGUCAUAUUAAUAAAAUCCGAAAGAACAAAAUUAUCCAAGUCUAUCAUAUUCUUAAGCCUAGCUACGGUCAAACUUAUCACGUACAUGUUGAUAGAUUAUUGUCUUUAUUGGGUAUUGAACACCAUACAACUUUACGGACGAUUUCAAAGCAAAGUCGAACGACCAAACAUGGUAACUAUUCACGUAUCGGGCGAUGGGUAUUUAGCUGACCUUUAUAAAAGUAUCGUAAAAGCAUUCACGCCACACGGGCAGGGAACAGAAAUCGAUACGAUGCUUUGUCUUCCGGAUCCUGUAACACCGGAUUUCGAUAAAUACACUCAGAUCCUCGUUUUGAUCUUUCUCUGUUGGCUGAUGGCAUUUUUCGAACCUUACGGUUUACGAAUGAGACAGGUAGUCAUGUGUCAGUAUUAUCCCGAGAGAGCAAAGCAGAGAGCAGCUUGGUUGUACAAUUACAUCAUCAGGUCAAGGGGCAAUUUUUUGAAGUUUGCUAGACGCCAAUUGCGCCGAAAAUUUGGCCUGACCGAAGGGGAGAAAAUCGAGAAAGUGACUUUAAAAGAGAAAUUGUGGGCCACGUUUCCCUUAUUGAAUAUAUUUUUCCCAUCGAAACAAAAAGCGUGUCUUCUGUGUGGCACAGUGGAACGUGACGAGGAUCCGUAUGUUAAAUGUCCAACUCCUGGUUGUAUUGGCCUAUAUUGUACGCAAUGUUUCGCGGAUUUGCAGAAUUUGUGCACCAUUUGUCGGUCACCGAUGGACUAUGGUGACUUAUCCGACAUGAGUGAGGAGAAGUAUCAAUUUGAAAUACCAAGAAGAGCGUUGCUAAAACCUGAAUUGAAAUUGGAAGAAGAAGAAGAUAAAAUAAAGGAUGAGGAAGGUAAAAUGAUGGGAGAAGAAUACGAAGCAAUGUUAGGCGAAGAAUAUGAAACUGAAGAGGAAGAGAUGUUAGAUAAAGAAUAUGGAGUUGAAGAUGAAGAGAUAUCAGGUGAAGAAUAUGAAGUGGAAGAUGAAGAGACGAUGGGUGAAGAAUAUGAAACUGAGGAUGAAGAAAUGUUAGGUGAAGAAUAUGGAGAUGGAAAGAUAUUAGAUACAGAAUAUGAAGGUGAAGAGAUAUUAGGAGAAAAAUACGAAAAUGGGAGGGUAAUAGGGGGAGAAGAAGAAGAAGAAGAAAGAGCAAUGAAAAUGAUAGCAAAAAAAGAAGGAAAGAUAGAAGACAAAGAAGAGGUAAAAGUAAAGAACGAGAAAGAAGAAAACAAACUAAGAGCCGAGCAGGCAGAGAAAAUGGAAAGAGACGUCGGUGUAGUUGUGACAACCUCAUUAAAGUGUUCUACAUUAACCGUGUUAAUUGUCCCAGCGUAUCAAGAUGAAUCUCCUGAGGAAGUCGAAAUCGAGAAAACGAGGAAACGAUUCAAAGACGUGGAAGCACAGAAAAUUCGAGACGACGUAACAAUCCAAGUGCGUUUCAACGUGAUACAGCAAAGUCUUUUCGACCAAUAUCAACUUAUAUUCAACCAACCGUUCGUAAAAGAAUCGAUCUCGGGCAGUGAAUCACCAACUUCUGGCUUCGUUGUGAGGGCACGUAGAAAAGUUCGUGCCAAAUUAAAAAAGCGGCCGUUUGCCGAGGUGAGAGAUUCGGAUUCAUCAAGUUCGAUUGCCGACACGGAAUCCUGGCCGAGUGAAGAUGUCGACGAAGAAGAAGUAAUACACAUAGAAAUAGACGGCGAUUCGGAAGAAUUACUUCCGAAGGAUAGAAGGAAACUAGGUCGUAUAAAUAGAAUCGUCGAUGCAGUUGCGAGAAUUCCUUGGCUCGGUAAAGGAGAGGUAUGA